UUUUUUGUCCGAAAUUCUCGUCGUCUGUAAACUUUUGGACCACCGCAUUGUAAUAGCCUAAAAACAACGCAGCACGGUGGUAGGCUGGGUUAGUUUCGGUUUUGCGGCCUACAAUCAGCCAAGGCGAGUCCAAGCCGAAGACCACAUCUGCGCGGUAUGCGCGCGCGCCCAUUCAGUACGAGAAUCGCUGCUAAGGUGAGUUUGCGAGUUAAUUUUCUCUUCUUUAGUAGUAUUUGCUGGCUCUCUAUCAAGCGUACAUAUAAGUUAUAUUUCAACAUCUCACAUACAGUAUUUUUCUUGUAUGUCAGGGCUCGAUAGGCUGAAGGUGCAGUCGUGCGCUUAUCGAAAGGCAUGGCCACAAACAAAGAACUUGGAGUGAUGACGUCGUUCGACAAUGACAAUUUUAGAUUUGCUGUUGUCUCAUUCCCCGAUGAGAAGAACUGCCUCGGGAUUGUUCAUAACUCAUGGCUGCAUGAUGGCAACCUGAAGACAUUUUGGCCUGUAACGAAAAAUCCGACUAAAAGGGUCCGAAUGGUGAUGGAAGGCACCGAGCCUACCGACUCAUGGCCAGGUGUGCCAUGCAUCGUUAAAGGCUGGGCUGGGACUUAUGAAGAUGCGCUACGAAAAAUGCAGCUAUUUCUUUACGAAAGCACGGAUGAAAGUGAACCCAUGAAAGAACUAGGCAGGGGUAAAAGAAAAAGACAGCCAAGGCUUCCAGUUGAUUAUGACGACCUGGCUGGGAACGGAACAAGCAGUGACUCCGAUGAGAGCUAUGAGCCACCAAGGCCUCCUACCCCACCGCAGCGAUGCCGUAAGUUCUCCAGAAAGCCUGAAGUAUGUUCUGCCAUGUAUGAAAAGGUUAAACAACCUUCAAAAUCUGGAACAGCAGCGUCACAGUCCCCAGGCAAGAUAUCAAUUCUUUUCAUGCAAUAUGAGCAGUUCUAAGCAAAUUUUUGCAUUCGUAUUAUGUCUAGAAUAA